AUGCAGAUCCUCGAAUUGAUCCCCGUUAUUCUGGUAGCCGACUAUCCGCAUUGGCGGUCACUGGGCGUCUGCAUGGCACACUACGUGAACGGCCAACUUAGUAUUGUCAAGGGGAGCUCCCCGGAGCUUUCUACCCGAAACGCAGAGUACUACAAUGAGCUACAUGUUCUCGACGGGAAAAGAGAAAUGACUAUUAUAGCAAAAGUAGUGCAGGUCUCGGAAUGUCUGAUGCAAUCGCGACAACAGUUCCGCUUGAGCUACACCAAAAAGGAGAAAACCCAUGCAGAACUUCUUGUCAAAGCAGAGUGUGACCGGUCCGUAAUCGACUGUUCACUACGAGGCUAG